AGCAAACCGGGCUGAGGAUGGGGGGAAGAGAUUGAGUGGGACACUCGGUCUCAGCAAACCGAGGUGAGGGUGGGGGAAGGGAUUGAGUGGGACACUCGGCCUCAGCAACCGAGCUGAGGGUGGGGGAAGGGAUUGAGUGGGACACUCGGCCUCAGCAAACCGAUUUGAGGAUGGGGGAAGGGAUUGAGUGGGACACUCGGCCUCAGCAAACCGAUCUGAGGAUGGGGGAAGGGAUUGAGUGGGACACUCGGUCUCAGCAACCGAGUUGAGGAUGGGGGAAGGAUUUGAGUGGGACACUCGGUCUCAGCCAACCGAGUUGAGGAUGGGGGAAGGGAUUGAGUGGGACACCCGGCCUCAGCAACUGAGCUGAGGGUGGGGGAAGGGAUUGAGUGGGACACCCGGCCUCAGCAACCGAGUUGAGGAUGGGGGAAGGGAUUGAGAGGGACACUCGGUCUCAGCAAACCGAGUUGAGGAUGGGGGAAGGGAUUGAGUGGGACACUCGGUCUCAGCAACCGAGUUGAGGAUGGGGGAAGGAUUUGAGUGGGACACUCGGUCUCAGCAAACCGAGUUGAGGAUGGGGGAAGGGAUUGAGUGGGACACUCGGCCUCAGCAUCCGAGCUGAGGGUGGGGGAAGGGAUUGAGUGGGACACUCGGCCUCAGCAAGCAAGUGCACGAGUUGUAUAGUUGCAGUUGUUAAGGUGUUGGGUAUGAAGAAAAUGCUUUAAAGGGGAGCUGUUGUAUUUUAUAUGACUUGCUUACAAGUCAUCCUCCCUCUCCUCAUUUGUUGAGAAAUACUUGACCAUGUCUGUCCCAUUCCGCAGUGGGUGUGUGCGGGUUGUUCGGAUGUUAGCAGGAUAUCCGUGAUGAGCGGAACUUGGAGUCUCUGGAGCUGCGACAAACGCCCAGAAAUCUGUUUAUUUCCAGCUAUAGAUCCAGGGAAAGGGUAGUUGAGGAAGAAUGGUGGAUAAGGCGACUCCUCCCCAAGAGCCGGUUUUGGUGGCUGACAGUGAAAGAGAAACAGAAUUGGAGAAACUUAAAGGUUUAAAAGCUGACAAACCCAGGUCCUGAUGACUGCUAUGGAGCUCUGACACAGUCUUAACAGCUGUUUACGAAACUAAAAGAUGCAUUUAUAUCUAAAUAUGGUGCCCCCCCUGCAUUUUAUGCACGAGCUCCUGGACGAGUCAAUUUAAUUGGUGAACACAUUGAUUACUGUGGUUAUGCUGUGCUUCCAAUGGCUUUGGAACAAGAUAUCUUGGCAGCUGUCACACCAACACAAACAAACCUCAUCCAGCUGGCAAACACUAACCCUGUAUACCUGGACUAUCAUGUUCACAUAAGUGAGAUCCAUAUUGAGACAGCGAAACCUCAAUGGCAUCACUACUUUCUUUGUGGAUUUAAAGGGAUUCAGGAACAUUUCGACAUCAUUGCCAGUGGAAUGAACUGUGUGGUGGAUGGGUCAGUUCCACCCAGCUCAGGACUCUCUAGCUCCAGUGCAUUGGUUUGCUGUGCAGGUCUCGUUACAAUGGUUGCUAAUCAGAAGGUUCUAUCAAAGGUAGAAAUUGCAGAGAUCUGUGCAAAGUGUGAGCGGUACAUUGGCACUGAAGGUGGGGGUAUGGACCAAUCGAUUUCAUUCCUGGCAGAGAAAGGAACGGCCAAGUUGAUUGAAUUCAACCCACUUCGUGCCACCAAUGUAAAACUUCCAAAAGGAGCUGUGUUUGUGAUCGCGAACAGUUGCAUAGAAAUGAAUAAAGCUGCAACAGCUCACUACAAUAUCAGAGUUGUGGAAUGUCGACUUGCAACAAAAAUACUAGCAAAAGGAAAGGGUGUCAAGUGGGAGAAUUUGUUAAAAUUGGGAGACUUACAAACUGAACUGGGAGUCAGUCUGGAGACAAUGAUUUCAACUGUGGAGCAAAUUCUGCAUCCAGAACCUUACAGCAGAGAGGAAGUUUGUCAACAUCUUGGGAUCAGUCAAGAAGAGCUGUGCAGCACCAUCCUCAGCCAGAACACACAGCAUGUGACAACAUUCAAACUUUAUCAGCGCGCUAAGCAUGUUUACACUGAAGCUAGACGCGUUCUACAGUUCAAGAGAAUUUGUGAUGAGGCACCUGCCAAUGCAUUGCAAUUGUUGGGAGAGCUGAUGAAUCAAAGCCAUACCAGCUGUAGGGAUAUGUACGAGUGCAGCUGUCCAGAACUUGACCAGCUUGUGGACAUCUGUAUACAAUCUGGUGCUAUUGGCUCACGGUUAACUGGCGCUGGAUGGGGAGGUUGCACAGUGUCCAUGGUACCCACCAACAACUUGAAUAGCUUCCUGAUGAAAGUGCAAGAAGUCUAUUACAAAGCAGAUGUUCAAAGAGCAGCUUUACACACACACAGCCUGUUUGCCACCCAGCCUGCAGGAGGAGCUGCAGCUUAUUAUGAGGCCUAAAUAACUGCAAGACCUGUGGGAAUAAGGAGACCUUUCCACCCAAAAUAAACUAGAGAGCUGGUCUGUUUAUUAUUGUUACUUUGAGUAAUUAAGACACAUUUAUUCAAAAUAAAUUUGAGAUGAUUACAAAUAUUGCUUCUUCACAAUCCCUUGUUUAAUUUGACUUGAGACCAUAACAGAGGAUGUCUUUUUUUGUUGCAAAAUUUCAACUCAAUGUUUUACUCAACCUUUUCAAUGGUUAUGAUUGGUAACAAUUCCUGUGAAAAUUGCAAUACGCACAGAUUCUCAUGGCAUUUCAUAUUGUCCUUAUAAUCGUCAUCAAUGUCAGUGUCUGUCUCAGCUUCUGUCAAACUUGAUUUUUGAAGUUCCUUUUUGGUUUCUUUGACUUUAGUGAUCUAAUGGAAAUGAAGACAACAGUCAAAGAACAAAAUUCAUUGUGCUUUUAAUCUUGUGUAUAUUUCACCAGAUGUCUUCCAUGUUGCACCUUCUGGCUCGAAGAUUUUUAUUUCUGCCAUAUAUUAAACAGGUGUCAUCUGAACAGGAAGGUUGAUCUAUUCAUUAAGUUUAUUAGGAAGAACCCAAUACCAUUGAAAUCCUUCGCCAACCUGAAUUCAAAACUUGCAGAUUAGUAUUCCAAACAGGCAGUUAAUUAGAACACAUGAUAAAUGAAUUAUUUAUUAUUAUCAUGUGUACUGAGGCACAGUGAAAACUAUAGUCUUACGUGCUUUACAGGCAGACCGUACGAUACAAGUGCACCAGGGUAACAGCAGAGUGUGCAGGAUACAGUGUUACAGCUGCUGAGAAAGUGCAGAGAGAAAUCAACAUUAGUAUUUAAGAGGUCCAUUCUAAAUAACAGCGGGUAAGAAGCUAUUCUUGAAAGUUUUCAUAUGUGUAUUCAACGUUUAUGUCUUCUGCCUGUUGGAACAGGGUGGAAGAGAGUAUAACUGGGGUGGGGGGAGGGUCUUUGAGUAUGUUGAUUGCCAUCCCAAUGCAGACGGAAGGACACAUGGAAUCAAUGAAUGGAAGGCUGGUUUACCUGAUGAACAGGACUGUGUUCACCACUCUCCGUAGUUACUUGCCGUCUUGGGAAGAGCUGUUGCCAUACUGCACGGCGAUGCAUCCAGAUAGAAUGAUUUCUAUGAUGAUUUAUGAAAAUUGGUAAGCGUCUUUAUGGAUAUGCCAAAUUUCCUUAGCCAUCUGAGGAAAUACAGGCAUUGAUGUGCUUUCUUAACUGUAGUGUCAAUCUGGGUGGACCAGGACGAUUGUUGGUGAUUGCCACUCCCAGGAGCUUGAAGCUCUCGACCAUCUCCACCUCAGCUCCAUUGAUGCAGACAUGGGCGUGCCCUCCACACUGCUUCCUGAAGUCAAUGACCAGCUCCUUCAUUUGCUGAUGUUGAUGGAGAGAUUGUUGUCUUUACACCAUGCUGCUAAGCUCUCUCUCUCUCUCUCUCUCCUUCCUGUAUUCUGUCUCAUCAUUGUUUGAAAUCUGACCUGCAACGGUGAUAUUAUCUGCAAACUUGUAAAUGGAGUUGAUGGAGAAUUUGGCCAAACAGUUAUUUGUCUAUGAGGAGUAUAGGAGGGACUUUAGUAUGCAGCCUUGUGGGGCACUGAUGUUGAGGAUUAUCGUGGAGGAGGUGUUAUUGUUGUAGCCUUUCCUAACUGACUGCAGUGUGUUGAUCAGGAAGUUAAGAAUCCAUUUACAGGAUGGGAAGCAGAGACCUAGGUCCUGGAGUUUGAAGAUGAGUUCAGUUGGAGCUAUGGUAUUGAAAGCAGACCUGUAGUCAAUAGGUAGGAGCCUGACAUCGGUAUCUUUGAUGUCCAGAUGUUCCAGGGAUGAGUAUACGACCAGGGAGAUGGCAUCUGCAUGGGCAGGUUGUGUCAGGAGGUGAAUUGUAGUGGAUUAAAGCAAUCUGGGAAGCUGGAGAUGAUGUGAGCCAUGACCAACCUCACAAAGUACUUCAUAAUUCUGGAGGUCAGAGCCAGUAGGCAGUAGUCAUUGAGGCACACUGCAUGAUUUCUCUUUGGCACUGGGAUGAUGGAACUCUUCUUGAAGGGGGUGCGGACUUCAGACUGUAGUAAGGAGAGGUUAAGGAUGUCUGUGAAUAUUCCUGCCAGCUGGUCUGCACAGGAUCUGAGUACGCAGCCAGGGACUCUGUCCGGGCUGGUUGCUUUCUGUGGGUUCACCCUUAAGAAGGCCAAUCUAAUGUUUGUAAUGGUCACCAUGGGUACAGGUACAUCCGAGACUGUAGGGAUAGGUGAUAUCGUUUCACUGCACUUCUGAUCAAAGUGAGGGUAGAAUGGAUUGAGGUCAUCGGAUAGGGAUGUACUGCUGCCCGAUUCUGUUUGAUUUCGCUUUGUGGCCUGUUUUGUCGUGUAAGCCUUACCAUAAACAACGGUUGUCCAUCUGGCUAGUCUGGGUCUCAAGCUUAGUUUUGAAUUACUUCUUGGCAUCUCUGAUGGCCUUGCAAAGGUUGUUCCUAGAUUUCCUGUAUAGGUCAGGGUCACCCAACCUGAACGCCUCAGACUUCAGUAGGGAGUGGAUCUCCCGGUUCCUUCCAUGGUUUCCGGUUGGGGAAUGUUUGGAUUAACAUCUUCGAUACACAGUCACCUACACACUUACUAAUGAAAUCAGUAAUGGUAGUGGCAUAUUUGUUUAGGUUGGCUGCUGAGUUCUUGAAAAUUGACCAGUCCCAUAGAAGCCCUUCAGUUUCCUCAGACAUACAGUGUACUACUUUCUUAACUGGGUCCUCACGCUUCAGUUUGUGUAUGUAAGCCCGGAGGAGGAGCAGUGUUAUGGUCUGAUUUUCCAAAGUGCUGAUAGGAUUGGGGUGGUAGGCAUAUUUGAUGCUUGUGUAGCAAUCAUCAAGAAUGUUCAGGCCUCUGGUGGGACAGGAGACAUGUUUGGUGUUUUGGUAGCACAUUCUUGAGGUUGGACUGGCUGAAGUCACUGGCCACAAUGAACAAGGCUUUCAGGUAUUCUGUCGCUAGACUGUUUGCAGAAUUGAAUAAUUCAUCAAGUGCAUACUUCAUUUCUGCAUGGGCUGUGAUGUAGACCAUUGUCAGGAUAGUAUAGCAGGUAGUAUGGAUAGCAUUUCAUUGUUAAAUAUUCUAAGCAUGGGGAGCAGUGACUCACAAGGGUCACCACAUUUUGAGCACCAGGAGGUGUUGAUUAAGAGGCUGCCCCUUACCUUGCCCAAGGAUGCUGAGUGGCCCAUUCAGUGAAUUGAGAAGCCCUCGGGUUGUAAGGCACAGUCAGGUAUAGCACGGGUGAGCCAUGUCUGUGUUAAACAGAACACACUUCUCUCCCUCAAUUCUCUUUGGAAGAUGAAUCUAGCUUUAAGGUAGUCCAUCUGGUUUUCAAUGGCUUCGAUGUUUGCAGGAGUAUGCUGGGAAAGGGAAGCGGUGAUUUGAAAUCUCGGAGUUUCAGUCUCCCCUGAAGUCCAGUGCGUCAUCCAUGUAUCCUGGGUAGAUGGCUGCUCCGACAUCAAGUGCCUUUGUUUGCAAGAUAGGCAGCUUGGAAUGUAUGGACUAAUACAGAGCCAAAAGAAAAAAGAUUGGCCUUUAAAUUGAUAGGGUUGUUGUGGGGAAAAUCACCAGCCUCAGAGUCAGUGUCGGGGUUCAACAACAGAGUUUAUUGCACAAGGAAAUACCGGAGCUCUGCGGAGAGAAAGACACCAACAGCACAGUGGUCAGCUGUG